AUGUGGCUUAACGGUAUCGACAGUCUACGCCCCGACGACUUGAACAUUAUCCCAUUCGACACCAUCACCACCCAGGCACAAGAUGACUCCUUUUGCGGUUUACCCCUCAUUUCGCCACCGCCAGUUUUGUCACCGGGAGAAUCCAAUCAGAUCUUCCCGAAGUCAGUAAACUUCAGCUUGGAGGCAUCAUCAAUACAACCAUAUUCUCCCCUCCAACCCAACCAGAACAUAUCACAGAAUGAGAGAUGUAGCCUAUCGUGCAUUGCACCAUCAACCUUGAGACAGACCGAAACUCUGAAGACCGCGGAAGAAUACAUCUCCUUGGAUAUAAAAACACAACCCACCGGUCCGGAUAAGGAUAGAGAAAGCUCCAUCGCUUCUAUCGAAUAUACUAAGCCGAAGCCUGAACAGAUAAAUGGCAGCCUCCCCUCCAAUACCGAAUCAACCAUGCAACCAUCAAAACUAUUAAUGCCCAUUACCCAUCGUGAACUGCUGCUCAAACGUAAUCGUCAAGCAGCAAAACGAUGCCGUCAAAAAAGAAAACUGCAGAACCAGCAGGACGAAUCGACUCUGAAAAUGCAAGCCACUAGGAAUAAGGAACUUUUGGCUGGCACCAAAAGGUUACAAUACGAGGUGUUGGAUCUGCGACUUGAAAUACUCAAGCAUUCACAGUGUGAGGGGUACAUCAAGCGGUACGUGGAGCAGAUGACGGGAAGGGUCCUGCGCGAAGAUACUGCAAGUGAUGUUCAACAACAGGCAACAACAGGCAACUAA